AUGUCCCGUAACAAUCUAGGUGGUAAAAUUCCUACCGAGUUGGGUUCUUUGUCCAAUCUCUCCAUCUUGACUCUUGGAGACAACCGUCUCACUGGAACUAUCCCACUUUCAAUUGGGAACCUUUCCAAUCUACGUCUGCUUUGUCUACCAUAUAAUAAUCUAGAGGGAAGCAUUCCCACCCAACUUGGGCAGCUUUCCAAGUUGGAGUUUCUUCAGCUGUCUGUAAACAAUUUGUCCGGUAUGGUUCCUACUUCUCUUUACAAUAUCUCAUCAAUCUAUUACUUCUCCAUCGCUGACAACCAAUUGCAUGGAAUUCUACCACCAGAUUUAGGCUUGACCCUUCCAAAUUUACAAGUAUUUUUUGUUUCAUUAAAUCAAUUCUAUGGCCAAAUUCCAUCGUCAAUAGCCAAUGCUAAAGGACUUACGCAGGUUAAUUUUGCCAUGAAUUCGUUUACUAGUCCCAUGCCUAUGAAUCUGGGAACCCUUGAUGCUUUAGAAACUCUAGGUGCUUCUGGCAAUUCACUUGGAACAAACCAAGCCAAUGAAUUAAUGAGCUUCCUCACUUCUUUAUCCAAUUGUUCCAAUCUACAAGCUCUGGAUUUGAAUAUUAAUGAUUUUAAAGGUUUUAUGCCCCAUUCUAUUGCAAAUCUCUCCACCAAGAUCACUUGGUUUAGUCUAGAAAACAACUAUACAUCUGGAAGCAUACCUCUUGGUAGUAUUCCAAAUUCCAUUGGAAAACUCUCCAUGUUGGAAAUCCUCAUGCUUGAAAAAAAUAAUAACUCUGGAGAGAUUCCAUCAUCUAUUAGAAACCUGAGUAGGCUUGGAGCAAUACCUUAUCAAAUCUUUGGUCUGGCUUCCCUCUUUAAUCUAUCCUUAAGUCAAAAUCACUUAACAGGACUACUUCCACAAGAAGUAGGUAACUUGAAAAAUCUGGGAGGGCUAUAUGUAUCAAAAAAUAAACUAUUUGGAGAAAUCCCCGCCACUCUCGGCAAUUGUGAAGUUUUAAAAUUCCUUUACAUCGAUGGUAACCUUUUUGAAGGUACAAUUCCGAUGGCCUUCAGACAAUUGAAAGGUAUUCAAGAACUAGAUGUUUCUAGGAACAAUUUGUCUGGACAGAUUCCAAGGUUUCUCGGGGAGUUUCGGUUAGUUCACUAUCUCAAUCUUUCCUACAAUAUGUUUGAUGGUGAAGUUCCGAUUGGAGGAGUUUUCAAAAACAUUAGUGCCUUCUCAGUUGUUGGAAAUAGUAAGCUAUGCGGAGGAAUUAAACUAUUGCAAUUGCCUGCAUGCUCGAUUGAAGUCUUAAAUGAAAGGAAACGAACUUCCAACCAUAGAGUAAUAGUUCUAGUAGUUACUCUCACUAUUGUUGUAUUAUCAUUGUGCAUUCUAGCUAUUCUUUACCAGAACAAAAGGUCAAGGAAGCAAGUCAAUUUAGCCUCACCCUUGAAAAACCAAUAUCCACAACUCUCUUAUGGAGAACUUUUUCAAGCAACAAAUGGGUUCUCUCCAUCCAACUUAAUUGGUGAGGGAGGAUAUGGUUCUGUUUAUAAAGGGAUUCUUAACUCCGAUGAACAAAUUAUUGCUGUGAAGGUGCUCAAGCUACACGAAUGUGGAGCGAACAAGAGUUUUGUUCCAGAAUGUGAAGCAUUGAAGAACAUUCGCCAUCGAAAUCUUGUCAAGAUAAUUACAGCUUGCUUAAGCAUUGAUUUUAAAGGAAACGACUUCAAGGCUUUGGUCUUCGAGUUCAUGAAAAAUGGGAACUUAGAAAAUUGGUUACACCCAAGUCUUUUAGAGAAACAUGAACCUAAGAACUUGAACUUUGUUCAAAGGCUAAACAUUGCCAUUGAUGUGGCAUGUGCAUUGGAUUAUCUUCAUCAUCAUUGUGAAAUGGCUUUUAUUCAUUGUGAUUUAAAGCCAAGUAAUAUUCUUCUUGACGGUGAUUUGUGUGCCCAUGUUAGUGAUUUUGGCCUGGCAAAGAUUUUUUCAGCAACCAAUGGAAUUUCUAUUCAUCAGCAAUCAAGUUCAAUUGGGAUUAGAGGAACAAUUGGCUAUGUUGCCCCAGUCAGUUUUACUUAA